AUGACUUCUAGUUUUCAGGAUACGGUUUUGGAUUUCGAUUUAAAUUUUCUCCAACAACCAUCAAUCAACGCUGAGAUAGAAAGCAAGUUAGAGAAACAGAAGAAAGCUAUUCUAAUAGCUAAAAAGAAGACAAUUGCUACUGAUUCACUCAUUAGGAAAUAUUACGAGAAAAAAGAACAGUUAGAUCAGACAGAAAUAAGAUUGUUGGCAUCAAAAGAGGAAUGUAAACAAAUUUGUAUAGAUUAUAAAAAUUCAGUAGAAAAAUGUACUCAACUGGAGAAGGAUGUCCAGCUUUUACAAAGCCGAUAUUCAGAAAUGGAACAGAAUUACAUUAUGUCACAAAACCAGGUUGAAGCUAUGAAGUCUCAUGCCAGGCAAUUACAGGAUUUAGUGAAAGAGAAUGAAACAACAAUUGAAUCAAUGAAAAUAGAUAAUGGUUUAGAAAAAAGUAACAUAAAAGAUAUAGAAAAGAAAUUUGCAUCUCUACAAAAAGAACAUGAUCAAGUUUUGAAACAGUUAUCUCUGGCAUGUGUUAUAGCUUUAGGAAAGAAAAAACUCCAAAAUCAUCACAAAAAUAUUCUCCAAAAGUAUGUAAGCACUAAUGAUGAUCAAGAUGAAGAUGAUGAUGAUUCUUUAUCAGAGAGUAGUGAAGGGACUGAUUUCUUCGAAGCAUCACCUGAUUCACCUUUAUACACCGUCAUUGAGAUAUGCCCCGAAGUGGAUGAGACAAAAGAGGCUGAUAUCAAUAAUGAUGAAAAAGAAUCUAUUAAACAAGAUGUGAGAAGAAUGCUAGAAGAUCAUGAAUCAGAUUACAGUAAUGGUGUGGUCAGUGAAGAUACAGGGAGAGGUUCAUCACUCGCUUUCUCCGAUUCAGAGAAAUGUGUGAACAGUCCAGAUUAUUUUGCAACUAACAGUCCAGCCGUUGAAACUAAUCCUAAAAACAGUAAAACUUUUGCUGACGCAUCAACUAGUACUAGGAAAAAUCCAGAAAUGAUACACAGAGCUACAAGCCCUAUAGCUUUUGAUGAUGAUAUUGAAACAGAUCAUACAUUAUCACAAAUUGUAGUGCAAGAUGAAAACCUUAUCACAGAUUUGAAUUUAAGUGAUACUGCAAAUAUAAAAGAAAAGCCGAAAUUGAUUGAUAUCGCAACAAGCCCAGUUAGAGAUUUAGGAAAAAUUACUAUUGCAACCAGCCCAGUUAGAGAUUUAGGAAAAAUUACUAUCGCAACCAGCCCAGUUAUUUUCAUGGAUACAUCAGAUAUAACUACUUGUACUUCAGACUCCAAUAAGGAUAAUGGAACAAAUAUUGUUCAUAAUGAAGAUAGUGAGAGAAACGAAACAAGAAAUCAUAUUGUAUUUAAUGAUUUAUCAAAUAAUUGUGAACUCGAAAUAAGUGGUAAAUCAAGAAAAGAAAAAAGUUGCUUCGAAAAUCAGAGUAGUAUUGAUACACAAGAAGAAAUUAAUAAUGAUAAUGAAGUAGAAAUGAUAUUAAAUACAAUGAAACUUAGGCAUAAAUUAAUAACUCCCCUUCCUCAAACCCCAGUGAGAUUAAGUAAAAAGAUAAGGAAGCAUCUAGAACCUGUAUACGAAAAACCGAAUGUCGAAAUUCAAAAGCACUCAUGUCCUGAUGCUAUAGAAUUAAGAGAAGAAAAUAAAUUACUGAAAUCAAGUAUAGCCGAUCUUACUAAAGAUAUACUUAACAUAAAAUUCAUAUUAAAAAAACAGUUAUUAAUGCCAGAAUCACCAAAGAAAUCACCUACAACAACAAAUAUAGAAUCAUCGAAUACUAAAUUACAUGAUAAUACUAGUCAACAAUCAAUAAUUACAGUGAAUGAUAGUGAUGAAAAUAUUACGGUAGUGAGUAAUGAAAUUCAAAAUUGUGACGUUACAGUUGAUAUAUGUCCAAUGGAAGUGUCGAAUGAUAAAACAUUAGUUAGGGAUAGUGAGAAACAUAUAGAUUUUGAUGAUGAAUUAUCACCUGGCGUGAUAAGUAGUCAUGAAACUGACUUCGUUCCUAUACUACCUCAGGAUAUUUCAAUAGAAGCUCCUCAAAGAACGUCAUACAUACAAGCAGACAGUCAAAAUAUAAACAGUGAAGAUGUAACAGAAAAUAAUAGCGUUCCUGAAACCAGGUGUGAAGAAUUAACUACCUCUGAAAAUGUUUUUGAAAUAAUAGAUAACCCAGUAUCUAAAUGUGAAAGUGAUAUGUUAGAUAUAAAUAGACAUGACAAACAAAAUGUUGGAAGACAAAAGAAAUUAAGCAGACUCGAUAAACUUAGACGAAGAUUAAUACCGAAAAGUAAAAUAAAGUUUAAACCGCCACCGACACGUAAACGCAAACAUUGUAAAAUUAUCCCAAUAAGCAAACUAAAUCAGUCUGAAACGGUUCUGAAUAAUAAAGUGGCCUUUGAAAAAGCUAUUAAAGUUAUGAAGGAAUUAAAUUUAAAACAGUUAACACCAAAUAAAGAUAUGAGCAGUAUUAAUAAAAAUGUAGAAAUUAAUAAAACGCCAGAAAAGAUCAAUGCGGUUACCAAGGAGAAUAAAAAUGAUGGCGAUGUCAAAAGUUUGUGUAAAGAUAAAAUAGAUGCUAAACAGUUCGUUGUAUGUUUGCCGCGAUUGAAUUUAGAAAAACAAAUGCAGAAUAUCAAAAAAUGUGGCAUUCAACAUGUCGAAAAUACAUUGGGAUCAGUGAAUUCAAGUCCCGAAAAAUAUACUGACGAUAUUGAUACAGCUUCUCCGAAAUCUGUUAGAACGACUCGCAGUAGAAGUAAAUUAGGGGACCAGAGUUACGAUGAGAAUAUUCUAAGUUUAAAAUCGCCGAGAAAGGUUACAGAAGAAGUUGCGGAAGAAAUAAUAAAAACACACGAUCGAUCGGAGAAAGUACGGAGAAGAUUAAAACGGGUAGCGUCAGAUAGUUCAGAUGUUAGUUGCAAGAGAGUGUUGCGAAGUUCGUUAAGAGAUUCGCGAAAUAGCAUAGAAGAUAAUAAUGUAAGUUUAGCUGAACUUGCUAGUCCAAGAAGGACCAACAACACGAGUAAAAUAAAAAGUCCCAUAAAUAGGAGUUCGUUAAGAAAUUCGCGAAAUAGCGCAGAAGAUAAUAAUGUAAAUUUGGCUGAAAUUACUAGUCCAAGAAGAACUAAUAACACGAGCAAAAUAAAAAGUCCCAUAAAUACAAAUUCGUUAAGAGAUUCAAGGAAUAGCAGAGAAGAUAAUAAUAUAAGUUUAGCUGAACUUGCUAGUCCAAGGAGGACCUAUAGCACGAGCAAAAUAAAAAGUCCCCUAAAUAGAAGUUCGUUAGGAGAUUCGAGGAAUAGCGUAGAAGAUAAUAAUGUAAAUUUGGCUGAAGUUACUAGUCCAAGAAGAUCUAAUGACACGAGCAAAAUAAAAAGUGCCCUAAAUAGAAGUUCCGAAGAAAAUAAGACAGAUAAAUGUAAUAUAAAUGCUUCGAAUCCAAUAGUGGAAUCUAAUAAUAAUAAUAUUGUUGACGUCACUUACGACUCUCGAGUCAGUGACCCAAGAAAAAGUAUACUUUGCAAGAUGAUAGAGAAAUAUGGAAGAGGUUCAGUGAAAUUCGCUCCAAAGAAAAUUUCAGAAAACAUCACAAAUCAAAUCUACAAAAAAUUAGAGACAGAUAUUGCAAAUAUCAUAAAAUUACCAGCGGAUGAAUCGAAAGCAGCGGCCAAUAAACUGGUCGAGGAACUUCAAGAACUGAAAACGAAACAUUUUAUGUCGGGAUUUAUGAAGUAUUUAAAAGACCCGUUACGCAAACAGGAAUUAUUUAGCAAAGUCACAUUAGCCCCAGCGCCGUGUAUGACGAAAUCUGAACAAAUUUUACUCUACAUUCUGAAGGAAAUGGAAGUCACUACACCAGAUUUUGUUAAUUUGGUUCUGACUCAUAUAGAAUUUUCUUUAUUCCAUCUCAAUAAGACACCUGAAUUCGAUGUUAUCGAAAGCCUGUCGCAUUUCUAUGCACUGACUUGUCGCUACUUCAGACUCAAAACACGUUUGAGACUAUUUCUAUUAGAUGCCAUGUAUUGUUUACAAUUCAAAGUCGUGCCACUCGUUAAACAGUGUUUGGAAGUUUGGAUGCAUAUUCUGCCUUUGGCUCAUAUGGGAAUUGCAAAAAGUCCGCUGGUUACUUGUUUAGUGUAUCUUUUACAUUUCUACAAAUGUGAGGAUCGUUUUAACAGGAUACAGGACAUUAGAAUGAUUUUGAAUAAGAAAUAUUUCUACAAAAUGACAGAUUGGAAUGAACCAAAAAUUUUGGAAAUGUUUAGGAACUGUUUAACGGAAUUAAGAGAAAUUCCGCUGGAGAAAAAAAUGUUACGUUUGGCCUUCAUCAUUCUCGCGAAACGUCAGGGUCCGACAUGGUGUCAGAAGAAUAUUAUCAAGAACAUGUUGACACCUCUUAUAGAACAAGAAAACGUACCAUUAAGGACGAAGAAGUUCUGCGUUUCGUUAUUAGGACCACUUCUGAAGCCUUAUCCUAAAGAUAUGAAAGUUCAUUGCGAAAUAGUUGUUAAUCAACUUCUCGAUAAAUUGGAAAACAAUCCACAAGAUGAUAUGAAGGAAGCUAUAUUUACUAGUCUAAUAUAUAUGAAUAAGCACAACCAAAACCGGGUGACUCGAGCGCUAUUAUCAUGGUCUCCUAAAAAGCCUUCGGAAGAAUUUGAGCAACUUAUGUGUGAUUUCGUUCGGGAAAAGCCGGUCAGAGUUUGGAAAGGAAUCUUAUCGAAAAUAACAUUAUAA